UGUGUCCUGGCAAGUCUUCACUCUUCACACCAUCCGAACAAAUUUCCCCCCAAAAUAUUUGCCGCCUUCAUUUUUCACCAUUCCCGCCGCAAAGCAGUUUUAACUUUUAAGUUAACCGGCGAAACCCUAAUUCCUUUCGAGUGUAGGCAUCUCAAUCGGCCAACCUAAAAUUUUGCCGCCUAUCAUUCACAUCCAUCGUCCUGUAGCAGAGGGCGAAUAGAGCAGCCGACAAGUCUAGCUUAUUUCUCAGCGUGAAGACAACUGUUCCUCAAGCUAGGCGAGUGGGUCUCGUCUUCAUCUUUUCUGUCCGUAUUUCAUCAAUGGGUAAUUAUUAAUCUUAAUUCAUCUCCAAUUCAGUGUGAAAUCCUCUAUAUAGUGAUUUUCUUUUUACAGAAAUCAAACUUUUGAAACCUUUGACCUUGGUCAUCUGAUUUCAUGUGGGAUCUGGUAUGUCUUCUCUUCUAAUUUUUGAUUUUUAAUAAAUUAUCAUUACAAUUGUUAAAGCUAUAAAUUUCUAUAUUACUGUAAAUGAAUGUGUUCAAGAAUUGUGAGUCAUUUUGUUAUGUUUCGGUAAACAGUCAAACAUUUAUUCAGGUUAGUGUGUGUAUCUCACAGGGAGUCACAGCCCCUUGUUUCAACUCAAUUGUGGAUUGUAACUUUAUGUCCACAAAUUAUCAUUUGACUAUUGACUUUUAUGGUUUUGUGCUUUUUGGUAUUUGCAUAAGCAUUGAUAUUUACCUGUCUCAUUGCAUAAUUUUGUAUAGGUGUUGGUUCCACAGUUGGUGCUGGUGUGUAUAUUAUAGUUGGGUGUUUGGGACUGUUGCCAGAGAGCAGACAAGCCCAUCACUCACCCUUUCCUUUUUUAUUGCUGGGAUAGCGGCAUCACUUUCUGCCUUCUGCUACGCUGAGCUUGCAAGUCAUUGUCCUUCUGCAGGGAGUGCCCAUCACUAUUCUUACAUAUGCAUUGGAGUAGGUUAAUGCAUAAAGUUUCAUAUUUUAUGCUCUAAUAAUCUGAGAUAUGUGCAGUAACUGUGGGUAUAGCUUCAUGUAGGUUCCAGCGGAAAAACCUUAUAACUUCUCUAGGUAUGCUGCGUGUUCUAAUGCGGUUUUAUCUCAAUGUUGUUUGGUUGAUUGGAUGGGUGAUGAUAUUGGAAUACACCAUUUCAGGGUCUGCAGUAGCAUGCAACAUAUCUCCAAAUCUGGUUCUUUUCUUAGUUCUGGGUCUUCUUACUCUUUAGUGCUUAUGUUUUUCGUUGCUUCCAGUGCUUCAUUACAAAGCUCUGGAAUCUGCUUGUGCAAAUUACAAUCUACCCCGGUAUUUCACUUUUAGGAUGUGCUGGCUCACCGUUAUUCCCGACUAAUCUGCCAUAUUAGUAAGUUUAUGUAUUUAGUCUCCAAAAGUUUGAAUGUAAAUAGUGUUUCUUUGUAGGACCAUCAUAUUCCAAGUGCUGAAUUGUCUUCAGUUUUUCACUUACCAGCAUUUCAAAUUUACUACCAAACUGGUGUUUGUUCCAAAUGUUAAGAGCUUUUCUUGUUCUGGCCGAUCAAGUAUGUAGGCAAAUUCUGAUUUAGAGCUUCUGUACGUCUAAUAACACAUAUGCACAGUGAUAUUACGAAAUACUGCUAGUUGGUGUAAAAUACUAAGAGCCCUUUUUCUUUUCCAAAAGUUCAUAUCAUUAAGCUACUUCUUUGCUAGAUGCAUAUUUUUUGGCAGGUUGUGAUUGAAUCGCUUUAAAUGUCAUUUGUAAAAACUCUAACCGAUCUAAAUACUUGGGAAGGCAUCUUGGCAUUGUUUGCUUCUUUAUCUGAGGUGCAUAAAUGUAUUCCUUAUUAAUUCUUAAUGAUUUUAUCUGGUGCUUCAAUUGUAACUCUUAGCAAUAGAAAAGACCAUCCUGCUCGGAUUAACCUGAAAGAGAUUUAUUGAUAUUAUGUGGCUGUCAGCCAAGGUUUCCAGGUUGAAGAACAGUUUUUGUUCAUAUAGGAAUUUCUUGACGCUGAUGAAGUAUUCUGUACUGGUACAAGUAUGAGUUUCUUCCCCAUUGGUAGCGUAACCUAUUUAGGAAAAUGACAGAUGAAGAUAGCAAAAUGCAGACAGAAGAAGAUAAAUGAUUAUACUUCAUGAAGAUGGCGAAAUGCAGGCAGAAGAAUAUAAUUGAUUAUACUUGAUUCUAUUUUUUUUUCUUGUCGUAGUGGUUAGUAGACGAUAGAAUAGGACGGACUUCAUACUAAGAUUUGUUGGUUAAUUGUGAAUCUGUAUUGAUGGAAAUAGUCAUAUAAAGUUACAGAUGUAUUUUAGUUAUUGAAUGAUUAAAUAUUAUUUUUAUUGAAGUGAUAUAAAUCUAGUAUUAUUUCAUUUGUGUCU